GAGACGGGCCGUUGGCGAGCCCUUCCAGCGCUCAGAGCAGCCGCCCCGCCCCGCUCGCAGCCGCACGCCGCGUUCUGCGAGCUGCUGCAGCAUGAAGACCCUGCUGAAGUGGUUGCUGGGACUCGUGGCGGUCGCCGUUGUCAUCACAGUGAUAGCCGUUCCGCUGGCUCUGCUCACUGGCGAAAGUACCCCUGAGUCUGAUUCAAGAAGAACAUAUACCCUAGAGAAUUACUUGAACGAUGACUAUGUGUACAAAACACAUAAUUUGCAAUGGAUUUCAGGAAAUCAAUAUCUCCAUGAAACACCUAAUGGGAACAUUCUACGUUUCGAUGCUGAAACUGGAACAUCCUCAGUAGUCUUGUUAAAUACAACAUUAAGCACAUAUGAGGCAACAACAGCUAUAUUGUCCCCUGACCAGAGGUUUGCUCUUCUGCAGUACAAGUAUGAAAAGUUGUGGAGGCAUUCCUACACAGCUUCAUAUCACAUCUAUGAUUUCAAUGCAAGAGCCAUCUUAGAUGAUGCACUGCUACCUAAUGACACACAAUAUAUAUCCUGGUCACCCGUUGGUCACAAACUGGCAUAUGUUUGGAAUAAUAAUAUUUAUAUAAAAGCUUCACCAACAGCAGCACCUGUGCAAAUCACUAGCAAUGGAGAAGAAAAUAAAAUUUUCAAUGGAAUACCAGAUUGGGUUUAUGAAGAGGAAAUGUUUAGCAGCCAUUCUGCUCUGUGGUGGUCUCCAAAUGGCAAUUUUGUGGCAUAUGCAGCAUUUAAUGAUACAGAAGUUCCUGUUGUCGAGUAUUCCUUUUAUUCUGAAGACACCUUGCAGUAUCCUAAGACCAUUAGAAUCCCUUAUCCCAAGGCAGGAGCUAAAAAUCCAACAGUGCAAUUCUUCAUUGUGGAUAUCCAAAUGCUCCCUGAUUUUAACGCUACUGAAAUUUCUCCACCUGCAGAAAUAAAAUCAGGCGAUCAUUAUUUGAGCGUUGUAACGUGGGUAACGGAUGAAAGGAUCUGUCUGCAGUGGCUCCGAAGAAUUCAGAAUUUUUCAGUCCUCACCAUCUGUGACUUUGAAAGUGCAACUGGAAAUUGGACAUGUCCACAGGAAAAACAACUUACGGAAGAAAGUACAACUGGCUGGAUUGGCAGAUUUCAGCCAUCUGUACCUUAUUUUGCCCCAGACAACACUACCUACUACAAAGUCUUCAGUGACACAGAAGGUUACAAGCACAUUCAUUACAUAAAUGGCACAGAGGCUCCAGUACCUAUUACUGAAGGAAAGUGGGAAGUAAUCAGCAUAGCAGCUGUAAACAAAAAUUUUCUGUACUAUAUUAGUAAUCAAAAUGGUGAUAUGCCAGGUGGAAGGAAUCUUUACAAAAUGCUCUUGGAAAGCAGUCCAAAAUCUACUCAAUGUGUUAGCUGUGAUUUGAAUCAAGAAAGAUGCCAGUAUUAUUCUGCUUCCUUCAGCAAAGAUGCACAAUAUUAUCAGCUAAAUUGUCUUGGUCCUGGCCUGCCCUUGGCUACUCUGCACAGAAGUAGUGAUGAUCAAGUCCUCAGGUACUUGGAAAAUAAUACUGAGCUGGAAAAUUCAUUGAAAGAUAUUCAAAUGCCUUCAAAAAAACUUGGCUCCAUUACUGUAGGAGGAUACAACCUCUGGUAUCAAAUGAUAUUGCCUCCCCAUUUAGAUUCAUCAAAGAAGUACCCUUUGCUCCUCGAAGUGUAUGCAGGACCCUGUAGUCAGAAAGUAGAUCAUGCCUUCCGGAUUAACUGGGCUACGUACCUUGCCAGUACAGAGCAGAUCAUUGUGGCCAGCUUUGAUGGCAGAGGAAGUGGAUACCAGGGAGAUGAGAUCAUGCAUGCAAUAAACCGAAGACUAGGAACCUAUGAAGUGGAAGAUCAGAUUUCAGCAGCCAGAAAGUUUUCUGAAAUGAGCUUUGUCGAUAAGGACAGAAUAGCUAUUUGGGGUUGGAGGAUGGGAGCACUUAAUAGCAUGUAUAUAGCUUCUCAGCUUCAAGGUUAUGCAAAGUAUUCAUACACGGGUUUAAUUAGUAAGUACAUGCAUUAUGUUGCUGAUUUCAUUGAGAAGACUUAAGUAUUGAAGUGGAGCAAACAUUUAAGAGCUUUGAACUAAGUCACAGUUCCAUCUGCCUGUAAUCUGUUCUCAAGGCAAAAACGAGAUCCAAAAAUCACUCUUCUUUUUGAAUGUACGUGGGCACGCUUUCCUAAAUAAUCUCUUCAAACUACAGGGAGGGCAGUCGUUUGGGAGGUUGGUGACAUUGUUUAGGUAGCUUGCUGCCUGAAUGCUCAAGUGUGUCAGAUAUUUACUCAUCUGUGUAUCGGGCUAGACUGUGAAUGUUCUGUGCCUAGCAAGAAGUAUCUUGCUGCACAGUUCCUCCCACAGAAUCAGCAGAAGAUCCUUCACUCCCAGUCACAGUCUUGCUCUUACUCUUUGUAGGAGAGGAAGUAAGUGAGCUGCCAUAGGCCUGCUCUGAGGGAGCUGUAAAUUUUCGGGUGCCCUGGUACAACUACUCAUCAAGCAUGUUACGGGCCUCAGCUCUGCUUCCACCUACUUCCCCAGCACAUAGAGGGACACAGUGGUGCAGCAAUGUCUUGUUUCCUGUCUUUCGCUGCUGCCUACAGUGCUACCAAACACUGUCAUUCUAAGCUGAGUCACAGAUCAACGGCAUUUGCACCCCUUUUCCACAGCACACUCUCAUUCAUCAGAGCCACAGCUGCCAUGCACUGUUUGAUGUCUGUUUCCCACACUGUGCAGGCUGAGUGAGAUCUGACCCAAAUUCAGAAUGGAAUUCAUUAAUAUGAAAAAUGCUGAUCCUAUAAAUGUCUGAACCACUUAGCAGAUGGGCCCCAUCCUUUCCUUUCCGACUAAAAUAACAGCAAUGUUUUCU